AUGACAACAAUAACCUUUUGGGACGCCGAUAGGGACAUCACCUGCCAAGCAUCGAUUGACGCGGCAGCCCAAAGAGCCCCUUGGUUACGAUUCUUCUUCUGGGAGUUUUGGCCUUCAUUGAGCGCAUAUCUGCCUGUCCUUCCAGCCUUGUUGUACAGUUACAUCUGCAUUGGUCUGUCCCCGCGAUCACCAACGGCUGUGAACCCUGCCAUUCCAUCGGGCGGCUUCUUUGGAGAGAGCAAGAAUGACAUUCUGCUGCAACUGGCAAAAGACAACAUUGCAAAGACGCUCUAUUUCCCAAUGAAUGGUAGUAGCGAUGACCCCAAAAAAAGGAAAGCAGAGAUUCUCAAGUCGGCACAAAUUGCCGGUAUUUCGAUGCCAUUCAUAUUAAAGCCAGACAAGGGAGAAAGAGGAAAUGGAGUCUAUCUGGUGAAGGAAGACGACGCCAUGAACGGCACCCUCUUGCGCUACCUGGAGCAAAUGAAGACAAUGGACCUUAUCUGCCAGGAAUUCGUUCAAGGGUCGGAAGUGGGGAUUUUCUACAUGCAUUACCCGGACGCAAAGGAAGGGUUUAUCUACAGCAUCGUCGCGAAGGAGUUCCCUUAUGUUGUGGGAGAUGGCAAGAGCACGCUGGCGUCACUCAUUGCAUCCCAUCCUCGACAUCGGCUGUUUGCAGACACCUUUUUCAAGCGCCACGCUGAGCGGCUGUUGUCCGUCUUACCAAAAGGUGAAGAGUUCCAACUCACGUACCUGGGCAAUCAUGGCAAAGGCACGUUGUGCUUAGACGGCAGUCAUCUGAUCACUGCGGCUUUGGCCAAACAGGUGGACAAGAUUGCCAAGCAAUUCGAUGGCUUUUACUUUGGCAGAUUUGAUUUUCUUUACGAUGGAACUAAGGAAGACCUGAAAGACGGCAAGGCGACCCUCAAAGUAAUUGAGCUAAACGGCAUGACUUCCGAGUUGCUGAGCGUGUAUGACCCUGGGAUGAGUAUGUUUCAACGAUACAAACUGGCCAUCGGGCAAUGGCUGCACGCCUAUCGAAUCGGAGCAGCCAACCACAGACGUGGGCAUAAACUGUCUACCCUUGGGGAGCUCUGGGAGGAAUACAAUUCGCACUGGGAGGAAUCUGCCAAUGUGUUGAACUCGUAG